UGCUGAGCAGGGAGCCUGAUGCCAUGCACUGCUGGGCUCUAUCCCAGGGCCCUGGGAUUAUGACCUGAGCUAAAGGCAGACGCUUAACCAAUUGAGCCACCUAGGCGCCCUUUACACAAACAUUCUAAUAUUGUAAUAUCACCACUAUAAUUCAAAUCUUUUUUUAGGGGGACUUUUAAAAUUUAUUUCAAGUGCUGAUCCAGGAAAUAUAAUUUAUAACCCUUGGGUGAAUGUUUAUUGUUAAAAUUGUCCAGGAUGUAAAAGAUGCCAUGUAAACAUGUCAGAAUAUAAAACUGAAGUGUAUUCUGAGUGAGGGGCAGGCAGACAGCUUGUUUCAUGAGAUAAAACAAUGAACUGGGCCUUAAUUAUGGUAGUUUUUUUUUAUUUACUAGAUUUUUGCAUGUUUACUUGGUUGAUAUGCUAAUAAUUAUUUUGAUUACUAGUCUUGCUUUAUCACUUUUAUGUAUCCUGAUGUCAUUCAUUUCGUCUUUCCAUCUUGCCAAAACAGGAAAAUAGCUGAAGGGGGUGGUGGAAAGGAGUGGAGGAUUUCAGUGUCUUGGGUUUCAGGAGAAAGAAGAGUAUUGUGAUGACUGGCUCACAGGAAUGAGAAGAAUAAUCCUCAGCUUUGAUCCCUUGAUUGUGUAUUCACAGAUGUAAACUGAAGAAGUGGGGAGAUGGUUGUCCAUAUUAGUGCAGCAUGUACUAUGUACUGAUGGUGGGAGCAGCAAUCAUUUGAACCAUGGUUUUUGAAAAUGGUGACAGGUACAGAGGUGACCAACGUGUAGAGCUUGUUUGGUGAAGUCUUCAUCCUCAUUACGUUUUUUGGACAACUGCACACAGAUACGCUUGCCUCUGAAUAUUGAUUUGCUAGAUAGUCCAGACUUAUUGGAAACAACCAUUGAUGAUGUAAUUGGGACACCUGACACUCUGGAAGUACCCCAACCGCCAGAUGAAGUUAACAUAGUCACCAGGCAAACUGGAUUGGAAGGAACUAAAGAGGAAUGCGGGACAUUAAAAGAUGCCUCACAGAAGCUCAAACACCUCCAGAUGGAAAGCGGUCCGUUGCCGUCUUCUCGUCCCAACAUUGAUGUCAACAUCAACAGUCAGGAGGAGGUGGUGAAGUUGACUGAGAAAUGUCUUAAUAAUGCCAUCGAGAGCCCAGGAUUGAAUGCCAGGAGAGUUCCUCCUGACUUGAAGAGUAACAUUUUGAAGGCUCAAGUAGAAGCAGUGCAUAAGGUUACAAGAGAAGAUAGCUUAUUAAGUCAUAAAAAUGCCAGUGUUCAGGUUGCUGCCACAAACAGUGCUGUAUUAAAUGAGAAUAAUGUGCCCUUCCCUGAAGAUUCUCUUGCUCUGAUGCAUACCACACCUGCAGCAAAUGGUUCUGUUCUUAAGGAUGCUACUGAUGAAUUGGAUGCCUUGCUUUUAUCUCUAACUGAGAAUCUAAUGGACCACACAGUCACACCUCAGGUAUCUUCAACAUCCAUGAUCACACCACGGUGGAUUGUACCACAAAGCAGUGUCCUUUCUAAUGGACUGGCAGGAAGUGGACCGUCCUUGGCAGGGAAGGAGGGACAUGGUAGCAGAGAAGUAAUCUCGUUGAUUUCUCCCCCAGCACCAUUCUUGGUGGAUGCUGUCACCAGCUCUGUUCCAACGUUGGCAGAAGAAACUGUCUUGAAGCAGAAGUGUUUACUGACAACUGAGCUCUGAGGGAUUGGCUCCUUCUCACCUGUAACUGGAAUGCCCAGCACUCUGCAGCUGUCCGUCCUGGAAUCCAUUUCCGCUGGAAUGUUCAGAUUCAGGAGCUUGUUCUUUCUUGUGAGUAAAAAAGCUCACCUAGAUUUGACUUCAACUCAAUAAAAAACAUUUUCCGUCCAACUGGAAGGGUUUACACUACAUAUUUGCCCAAAUGAGGAUAUCUGGUCUUUUACUUUCUAUAAUUGUAUUGAAAUUGUAUAUUCCUCAGACAAGGGAAUUCUUUUCCCUGUUGUUUCCUUCAAACUCUUGGCCCCAUCUAGUGGUUAUAAUUGUUCAUAACCCCUCCAUAACCAGGCCGUCGCUGGUAGUCAGUAAUGGCCUUUUGAAUGUUAUUUCUUUCUCUAGUAUUAGGGUGAGUGUCCUUAUCCCAACACCUGUUAGAGAAGUUGCCCUUAUCCAUGCAGUACCUGGAAGUCAGGAAUUUAGGAAAUUAAUGAGCAUAUCAUGUAGGUAGUUUGAGGCCUAAUUGUUUACAAUUAUUACAGUACUAAAGAAAAGUUUAGAAUACAGAAGGUUUUCAAGUGUCUCCCAUACUUUUGACUUCUUAUCGGACUGGCUAUCUUAAUACGUCCAGGUAAGCUAAACCUUGAGAAGAAUGCAGAGAAAUCAGUUGUGUAUAUUUUGCGUCUUUUUUUUUUCAGCCCUGCUUCCCCACAGGAAGCCCUCACGUGCACCACACACAUACUCUCUAACUUUUCAGCCUGGACAGGGACAGCAGUCACUUCUCCACACUGGCACCAAUUUGGAUACAGGCUCCAUUUCCUUUUAAUAUGAGCUGAAUAAAUUUAGAACUUGUAAACUAAAAGAAAACAAAACAAAACGAAAAUACCAGGACAGAAAUAGGGAAUCGGGGGUCGAGGGGGUUUUGUUCCUUAAACACCUAUGUCUGAAAUUGUACCUAGCAUACUGUAAGAACUCGUAUCUUUGGAAUUUUGUGUUAAUUUUAGAAAGUCUCUAGAAGUUCCUAAUCACUUCUGAUAUAAAAAAAAAAAUGUCUGGAUGUUAAAGUAGCACAUGUGCAUAUAGAAAAUGAGAAGAGUGUAAAAAAUAGCCUCUUGCAAUCCUGACUUCCAGAAAAGCACUCUUAUUUUAGCUUUAAAAAUUCAGAAUGCAGGAGGUAAACCGCAGUUGCUGCUGGAAACGAGGAUGAGGUGGAAACUAUGUUGGCAUUAUUGUUGUUAAUCCCUGUGAUCAAGGAUUGAUGUCAAACUGUACCUCCUGGAAUUUGAUGUUUAGUUUUCUGCCCUGUGUUAUGUAUAUAAUUGAGUGUUAAUUUAUGUUGCUCAGCACAAGAGAACAUCUGGUUUUGUGAUUUUUAAAACUCCAUGACUUGGACUGUCCCGGGUUCCCUGUAGCAUAGUCAUGUGCUAAGCAAACACACACUAGUGUCUGAUUGGAAAGCUCAGGAAUUUUAAUCUUGUGCUGUUUCCCAGGGAGCUGUAGAGUUUGGAAACCACUUUUGCACAGAACAACUUUGCUGAAGGAAAGAAAGUUGGCACUUCUUGCUGGCCGCGUCCCCUUAGCCAUUAUGCUGAGCUUGUGAAUUUCAUUGGUGGAGCUCUUGCCAAUUCUUAAUUGUAAAACAAAUUUUCUCGCAGCUGUAAGUGACACCUAGAACCAAGGGCUUGACUAGGGGCCUGACCCGAAGCAUGCUGGAGUGGACAUAAAUUUCCAAUGUGCUGACAAUGACAGAUGUACUGAAAGGUCAAGGUUCUGCAUCUAACCACAGAGCAGCUAAGGUCUUACUAGGUUGGAGGGCCUAAGCUUCCUUUCCAGUUUAGGAGGUAGCACCAUCCUUAUUUUAAACUUUUUACAAUUUAGGAAUAAGUUGUUGAAAAUAUUCUAUAACCUGUGUGUCUUUUGGUUCCUAUAUUCUUACUGGUUAGCAUAUUGAAAAGGACUUUCUUAAAAUGUACUUAAACCUCAGGCUAAAAGGAGGAGAUUUUGUCUUUUGUCCUGACACGAAGUGGUGAACAUGGAAAUUACUAUUUUAAGGAUGAAUUAGCACUGGCAGUUUAGAUACCUGUCGAGUAUAACUUCCCUGUCAUGACUGGUGCUGGUGCCUUCCCCAGAGUUGCUGUAACACUGCUUUUGUCCUUGCUCAUCUGAGGGCGGAGGGCAGAGAAUGGCAGGGCUCAGGAUAUCUGUGAACGUGUCCGAGAGGGAAGGGAGAAGUCUGUCUCUGUGAUGAGAGAAAACCUGAUAUAUGUGAGUCAGUAAAGAAUGUGAGCCGAGCGAGAUUCGAGAUAAUACUGGAUAAGAAGGCAGGUCGGUUACACUGAAGUGGGAGGAGGGGCGGCGCCGGUGGCAUGACCCGCUGUUGACCUUCAGGGCAUGGUCCUCUCCUGCAAAGAUCACAACCCACCUGCCCAUCCAAGAAUCAUCCGAUGAACUAAAGGGCUGAUCCUCAGAUGAGAUGGAAUAGCCCUACUGGCUGUUCAAAAUGACAGCUGGUUGGGCAGGAAGUUUUUCUCUAGAAUGAGGUUCCCAUGCACUUUAGUAAAUGUAGCUAAAAAGAAAUAUUGGCAACAUUUAAUUAAGUCAGAAGUAAUGAGAGCAUGUUUGAAAAGAGAGCAAGAACAAUAGUUUAUUUGAGGGCUCCAGCUAGAAAGCUGUUAGCAUUCUUCCGUUUGAAGGUAGUUUGGAGGUGAUUUAUAGCUGAGAUAACAGACCCAGAUCGGCAGCAGAUAACAGAAGGCUUUUAGCCACAGGCUCAGCUCCUCUGUGGUUACUUUCUUCCCAGAUUUUCCAGUACCAGAUUUGACUGUAGUAACUCAUUAGGAUUAGUGAUGGUGGAACUUGUACCUGGGAGCAGAUUUGAGGCUGGUGCUGAGAGAGUGGCAGGGCUUCUUUUAUUGUCUUGCCAGGCCUCGUGGGUCUGUGGGGCUUGCAAGGACUGGGUUGUUGCUGCUGCCCCCGUCUCAUGGCUUAGUGUGCGCUCCACCCCAAGAAUACUUUAGAAUAGUGCCGUGCAUGCAGGAGGCGUCUACUGCAGGCCUCGGGGGAGCGGAAAGGUGAGGAACCUCAAGUCAGGCCGUGGGACAGCCCAUGUGGGGGAAGGGAGAGUUGGCAUGGUGGUUUAAAAUAAGAAUGGUAGGUUUCAGCUUUCUGCCCUCGACUCUUCUUCUGAACUUGUAAAAUGAUAAACGAGCUCCUAUUUCUUAAGAUUGUUGGUAGUAGCACCUAUGUAUACACCGGAGGGCUCAUUGUUCUUCAUGCCUGCCCUUCAAGAGACACUGGUGAACAAAGGAAUGACUGGGUUCCUUUGGUCUUGAUAAAUUUAGACAUACCCUUAACAGCUUUCCUAAAAUGUUUAUAUUGUUUUAAGAAAAAUUCUGUUUAAAAAUAUUUCUUACAGCCUACUGUUUAUCUUCGCCUUAUCUGCUUUUGCACAAUCACAGAUGCUCUGUGGACAGUUGAGGAUGAAAGCCCUGGGUAGUUCUCGCAUCUUGACUUCUUGUUCUCCUAUGCCUCCCAAUUCUGGCUAAAACUAGCACCCCCAUCUUCUCUUGCAUAAGCCCCAGAAUGAAAGCUCAGGUGUCACUUCAGAGACUUUGUUAGAAUUAUUUGGCAGUCACUUACAUAGAGAAAGAUCUUCCAUCUUUUUCUAUAAGUAAGGGUCUUGAGAAGCCAAGUUCUUGUCUUCUCACUUAGAGCAGGGAUGAGCGAAGUUUUUCUGUGAAGAGCAGAGGUAGCCGUGCCGCCAGAGCACAGGAGCAGCACAGACAGUAGUACGCGCCUGGGCUGGCUAUGCUCCACUCGAGUUCCACUUACAAAAGCAGGCGCCGACUCCGAUUCCAUGCUCGGUGGCGUGGCAGCGUGGCUGCCUGGGAGUCAGGCGGAUAGUCUCACAGGUUCUGCAGCAGCAGCUGUCACGCAGAGGCACCUGACAUUUCUAGACGUUGGCACCCUCAUUUGCACACGGACAGGGUGCAGUCAUGCGUCUCCUAGCUCUGAGAGUCUUUGUGAGGCCUCACCAGUUUCUAAUCGAUCUUGCCUUCAGCCUUUCAGUUGCUGAGAGGCCUGGAAUCUUCUGCAGACUGAAGAAUGUACAUUUCUAUGUUAUUUGUCCUUUUUUCCUCUCAAAAAGGUAAACACUCUGGUUUUUCAAUGAUCAGAAGAAAGUUGGAAGCUUUUCCUGUCUAUCAGCCUUCAGGAUGAGGAAGUUUGUUUGGGUUAUAGAAAUUUGUCCCGAGCGAACUCUGCUGUGCUAGCCUAUUGGUAGAACUGUAACGAUUUCCAGUUCUCAGAUAGGGUACGUGAGUCUCUUCAUCACUUUGCUUGAGACAAUAAUUCAGUCACUUCCCAGGAUUUCUCUUUAUCAAGGAGGUAUUUCAGCACAGAUCUCUUGCUCUUUUUGUUUUCAUAAGUAAAUUUUCUUUUCUGGAUAUGAUAGUUAAAAGGACCUCACUAACUAUUUUUUGUUUACUUUUUAUAUGUGUAAAGCUUUGCAGUAGCUUUUAAAGUGUAAUUUAUUUUUGUAUCGAGUGCACUAUUUUUCAUUGUGUUCCACAGUUUUAUAUGACUUGUAUUAGAAGCACUGCACUGAACUGAGUUGUUUGUAUACUGACAUGAGAGCCGUAGAUGUGACCACAAAUAAAGCUUUUGUGAGACAUUUAUGUUCUUAUGAGCUGUUUUCAGUUUCUGGGAAGUGUAAUACCUACAUGCUGCCUGUUUUCUGUCCUCCACACAAUUGUUAGAUCCGAGCUGCUGUUCAUAGGAACGUGAGGGACCAAAUGGAAGCCGUGAACAGAAGCAGCACCAGUUGUCAGUGUCCAUUUUAGUAUGUGUGGUACAAGUUUGGGAGUAGAGGCAUUUUCAAAGUUAGAAACCUCACUGGUCACUCUCAGCGUAUCCUGGAAGGCACAGCAGUUGUGGUACAGUAGAAACACAGCUCUGCUACUCAGUACCAUUGCAUCACAAACCCGUGCCUCAGUUCCUCUGUCUGGGCCGGCGUGGAGCAUUGUACGCGGUACCGCAUCCGGUAGAGAGCAGUAGCUGUCCUCCGUCACGCCGUCCCAGCGACGGAUGCUGCUGCUGGACAGAGUCGUACACACCACAGGCCAGCAAGGUCCCUGAGAACAGUCUCUUUCCUGCCCCCCUCCCUCCCCUUCCACCCAAAGAACAGAGAGCGAUGGGCCUGGACAACCAAGAAGCUUUUCUUAGGCUCUAAUGCAUGUGCAGGGCGAGGCAGGAACCUGGGCUCUGUCACCAGUGCUGGAAGUUCUCCUCAAAGAGAUCCAGCAUGAAGCAACCAAAGCACUCUCACUUGAGCACAGUGACUCAUGGGAAAGAUAUGAGGAGCUCUCUAAACCAAGGGGAUGGGCGGAAGUGUGGACUCCUCCUCUGGUACCAGCAGGAAUGGUCUGGCUGUUCCCUGCGGCUCACACCGACUGGCAUUUGGAGUUGGAGAGGGCAGGACACCUGAAAAGGCUGUGGAUCCCCAAAAGGAGGGGAAUGGUGAAUCGGCUACCAAGACAAUCACAGAUUUGGGAGAAGACACUAUUUAUCACAGUUGAAAUCUGAAGAAAAAGAACUAAGAAAAUUCAGGAAAGUCGAUUGCAGCUGGGUAAUAGCUCUCUAAGCGUUAGAGACAGGGCUUGCGCUUAAAAAAAGGUAUGUUGAUACUCCACAAACAUCUAUUUUAAUGUUAUUUCUGUUCUUAAAAUAUUAAAAAAAAAAAUGAACCCAGUAUGCCACCCAGAAAUGGCUUUUGUGGUCAGCACCAAGAAAAGGCAGCAGGGUCAAAAAGGGAGCUCAGGUCAGUAGGGUCCAAGAAAAUUAGCUCAGUGUUGGUUUGGGGUCAGUGUGGUAGGCUUAGGGUGAUUUGUCCCAGUAGACAUUGAGCCCCACUGUGCUUAGGCUACAAGGUUCAUUCCUGAAGGAGAGACCCAGGAGGGGCGCAGAGCAGCCUCUGUCCGCAGCAGGGUUGCCCAUACCCACGUGGGCCCUGGUGGCCACUUUGUAGCCCUCCGCAGUGCACCCUUCACACCUCCAAGUGCAUCAUGCAGAGAUAGAGCUAGGUCACACUCUCAAGCUAGGAAAUUGGGUUGUGGGGGUGGGAACUAGAAUUUCAAGAUGACCUGGUCCCAGCUCCUCAGUGCCUAGAUUAGAAAAGAGGUCCAGAAAGGGAAAGGAACUGGCCCUAGAUCAUAGGGCCAGGGGUAGGAAUUCACCCCUCUCGUCUACUUCCCUCAGCACUGCUAGUCUUGGCUCCCUAGGUCACGGUUGCCACAGAGCGUAGUCUCACUUUUUCUGAGGCACCUCUGAGGCCCUUCCUACCUGGGUCCAGAAUUCCCAUGGGAGAAGCUGACCCAUUUCCAGCCUCCGUGGCUCUAAGCAGAGCCUCCUUGGAAAGAAACCACAGCAUGGAGCUCUGGUCAGCCCUUAGCAACCACCGUUCUACCUCUGUUCCUGAGUUUGCCUUUUUUAGAUUCUACAUGUAAGUGAUAUGAUUCAAGAUGUGUCUUUCCUUCUCUGACUUACGUCACUUAGCAUAAUGCCCUCAAGUUCCAUCCAUGUUGUCACAAAUGGAUUUCCUUCUCUCUCAUGGCUGACUAAUAUUCCACUGUAUAUAUGACUGAUUUUCUUUAGCCACACAUCCACUGGUGAACAUGUAGGUGGUUUCCAUAUCUUGGCUCUCAUGAACGAUACUACUGGUUCUUAAUCAGUUUAGGUUAGGGACUCUCUGACACAUCUGGACACAUGGGUAGUUUUGCAUACAAUUCCACAUGCUCAUUGAUCCCUUAGGGAUCCUCAGGUUGGGAGCCUGGGUUGAUGAUGGGAAUAUCUGGCCAGAGGAGGUGGAGCGGGUGGAGAGAAGGAGGAGUUCUCCUGGGCAGCUGCUGGCUCCUCUCACCGCUGUCUGCAGCACUGGCCCGCAGUACAAGCUCGACAGAUGCUUGCUCAGCCAAGGCCUGAACGCGUACAAAGUUCUCAACCUGGAGUAGUCAAGAGCAUAAGACUUACCAGCUGUUGAAUUAUAAAUACAAGUACAAAAAUAUAUCCUACUGGAGCCCUGUCCGUCAGCCUUUCUGCCUCGUGCUUGUGCGUGGGGGUGAGACUAGUGCCUGCCUGCCUCGUGGUGUGGUGAAGGUGGGGAAGGUUCAAUGAGUUAAUACCAGAAUCGUCUGCGUGUGGACGCCCCCUGUGCCCCUAUCUCCGACCCAGAUCUCUGCUGCACCCCUCCUGGCUCCAUAUGGAUAUUACACAAGCACCUUGGGGGCAGCAUAUCGCAAGGCGGACUUGAAGUGUUCUGCCAAAUCCCCCACCCGCACACAGGCCCCAACGGCUGCUGCUCAGGGAUCCUGGUCGCAGUGACUUGCUUCCUUGCCCUUGAUUCCUCUCUCUCCCCUCCCAUGUCUGAUCAGUCCUUAAGUCCUGCUGCGUCUCUCUGGGAACUGACUCCUCAUUUUUGUGGCUACACCCCUUGAUCAAGUCAGCAUCUGGCUUGAGCUCGGGCAGUCGCCAUUGUCGGGUGAAUCUGUCUUCCAACUGUAGCCAGAAGUGAAGUCCUGCUCCUCUGCAUUGAAACCGCAAUGGCUCCCCAUCGCCCGGAACACAAUCCAAACUCCUUCAGUGGCCUCUGUGGCAUGGUCUUCGGCCACGCUGCUUCCACUCCUUUGGGUGACCCACACUUGGUCUCCCAACUGGGCCUGCCCUCCUUCUGCUGGGAACUUGGUGGCCCCAGGCUCUGUGUCUUGAGGCUUCUUGUUGAGGGUUGAGGUUGCAUCCUACUUCCUACUGAUGCCCCUCUGUGCACUCCAAUAUUGGCCCCUCUCUGUGUCACCGCCUUUGUGAGUUACUUGUUAACUGCUGUCCUGAUAACAUAAGCUCAUCGCCUGCUGCACUGGGGGCACCUGGCAUGCUUCCUGGUGUACAGUUGGUGCUCAAAUAUUUGUUGAACGAAGGGAACGGGGGAGACGGCCGAGACUGACCCCAAAACCAUGCAGGAUCUCACCUCAGCGGUGCAGA